AUGCACCACUACACCUAGUCAAUGCUUCUUUCCGCUCAAACUAUGAUCUCUCCCCCCAAAUCAACCCCGCUAACCUUAUAAAUUUUCCCCUGUAUUCCGAAAAUUCCCUACAUGGGGUUUAAAAGGAACUUUGUGCAUCAAGAAAGAGUUUCUUCGAGAAAAUUUUGGUGGAUUUAGAUGGCGAAGACGGAGAAAGCUGACCCCGACUGGACUCGAUUUGGGUUGGACUCCGAGGCCAGAAGAACUAACGGCGCUAAAACCGAAGAAGCAGUGCAUAUAAACGGCACAAAAUCCACUGAAGUCGGGAGCCCGAACGUCAAGGAGCUAUUCGACGAGAAUCAGGACGAGGGCCACUCAUCCCAGCCAUGGUGGAAAGCCAACUUCUUCGUGCGAGAACCUGUUCUAUUUGGAACUUGGGACGGUGUCUUCACAUCAUGUAUGUUGAAUAUCUUCGGUGUUAUUAUCUUUCUCCGUACCGGAUGGGUCGUGGGUAACGCUGGCGUUGGCCUCUCUCUUCUCAUUAUCGUCAUCACCCUCCUAGUCGCACUCGCCCCAGUCCUCUCGUCCAUUGGAGUCUGCGAGCGUUGUCAUGUGGGCAGCGGUGGUGUGUAUUUCCUCCUCUCUCACGUGCUUGGUCAGCGGGCUGGCGGCGCGAUUUCGUUGCUGUAUGCAUUUGGCCAGGCCGUCAGCGUGUCUCUGUUCUGUGCGGGUCUUGGGGAGUCUCUAGCGCAGACUGCUCAUUGGGACAGCGCGUGGGCUGUGCGCGUGAUCGGACUGUUGACGGCGCUGGCCAUUCUGCUUGUGGUGCUCGCGGGCGUCAAAUGGGUGGUCAAACUUCAGCUUCUGUUGCUGGCGAUUCUUAUGCUCUCGGUCCUUGAUUUUGUCAUCGGAACAUUCGCGCACACUGACAUCGCCGCGGGUUUCACAGGCUACAAGACCGAGAACAUGGAAAAGAAUGCCGCGCCCCAGUUCGGUGCCAAACAGAACUUCUUUACGGUAUUUGGCGUGUUCUUCCCCAGCGCGACCGGCGUCCUGUCCGGCAUCAACAUGUCCGGUGAUUUGAAGGACCCGUCAAGUAACAUCCCAGCCGGGACACUAGCUGCUCUAGGUUUCAGUGGUUUGCUGUACAUCUUGUUUGCCGUUUUGUUGGGGGCGGUCUGCACCCGAGAAGCGCUUCUUACAGACUAUAUGAUCGCUUCAAAGGUAUCCCUGGUCGGCGUGUUGUUCCUGUUUGGUCUGUACGUGUCGUCGCUAUCGUCGUGUCUUGGAGCACAGUACGGUGCGCCCCGCGUCUUGCAGGUCAUCAGUCAGGAUAACGUGGUGCCGAUCAUCAAGCCACUCGGGAAGGAGAGAGGAGCCAACAAGGAGCCCUACGUAGCGUCAAUUUUCGUGGCUGUCAUCGCCAUGUUGUUCAUUCUGAUCGGAAACCUGAACGCGCUCGCUCCUAUCGUCACUAUGCCUUUCCUCGUCACGUACGCCUCUAUUGACUACGCUUACUUCAAGCUCGCCAUGAGCUACGAUCUUAAACAGAAGCAAAAACUUCUCGACGCCGGGUGCCGACAGCAGCGCGACUCAGAAACAAAGUCCGAGUCUUCCCCGACUACUAAACUUCGGUCUGACGAUGGUUUCUCUAAAAAGUACGGGACUGAGGGUGAAAAAGUUGAUGCAACAGAAAAAGACGAUUCUCUUGAGAAAGAAAACGUUGAGAAGGACGGUGUCCCAGGCCAAGAGAAAGGAGCCAUUACUGUUGACAUGGGUAGCAAAGAUCAUGGGGAUGAGGACGGUACACUAAAACCUGCCACUUACGACGACAGCGAUACCACAAAGCUAUUAGGGGACGAUGCCGAGAAAGGCACUAAGCAAACAGACAAGGCCAAGCGGCAAGAUUACACCAAGCAAAAGUCGUACAGCGAGGAACAGCAUAUCAACUGGGAGAUUGAGAAGCAACCUUCCUCAUACUACUCUGAUCUCUGUAAUAGAUGGGUAUCUCUGGCUGGGGCUAUCGCCAGUUUAUUGAUCAUGUUCCUCAUCCACUGGGGAUACGCACUCGCCAACAUCUCCGUCACAUUACUCGUGUAUAUUUAUAUUGGGCAGGCGAAUCCUAGCUUACCAAAAGGCAUUGCGGCUGAUUUUAGUUUUGUGAGAUGGGUCCAGUCUCUUGCCGAAAGAAUUACCAGAAGAAAACCUGCUCAGCAACAAAUGGUUAUACCACCAGGCGGCAUCCCAUACGGUGUGUCAACCUACCAACUAACAGAAGACAACGCAGAUUUCGCCUACCGAGACAGACGUCAUCAGUCGUCCGUUAUCACAGACUUAGCCCCUCAAUAGGAUAUGAGGGACUUCAUAGUAAUUUAAUUUUCAAAAAUUUUGUUACAGCAGAUUAUAUUAUUUAAUUGUCAAGCUUCUAUUAUGAAUUCAUGAGAUCUCAGUGGUCCCAUAGUAGAGUUGUGGGGUAUUCCGUUCGAAGGUCAAAAACGCAGUGGUCCCAUUGUAGAUUUGGUGGUAUUCCGUAAAAAGAUCAAGAAACCCAGUGGUCCCAUUGUAGAGUUGUGGGGUAUUCCGUUAGAAGAUCAAGAAACCUAUUGGUCCCAUUGUAGAGUUGUGGUUAUUCCGUUAGAAAAUCAAGAAAUCCAGUGGUCCCAUUAUAGAGAUGUGGGUAUCCCGUUAGAAGCUCAAGAAACCCAGUGGUCCUAUUGUAGAGUUGUGGGGUAUUCCGUUAGAAGAUCAAGAAACCUAAUGGUCCCAUUGUAGAGAUGUGGUUAUUCCGUUAGAAAAUCAAGAAACCCAGUGGUCCCAUUGUAGAGAUGUGGGGUAUCCCGUUAGAAGCUCAAGAAACCCAGUGGUCCCAUUGUAAAGUUGUGGGGUAUUCCGUUGAAAGAUCAAGAAACCCAGUGGUCCCAUUGUAAAGUUGUGGGUAUUCCGUUGAAAGAUCAAGAAACCCAGUGGUCCCAUUGUAGAGUUAUGGGGUAUUCUAUUAGCAGCUCAAGAAACCCAGUGGUCCCAUUGUAAGGAUGUGGGGUAUUCCGUUAGAAGAUCAAGAAACCCAGUGGUCCCAUUGUAGAGUUAUGGGGUAUUCCGUUAGAAGCUCAAGAAACCCAGUGGUCCCAUUGUAGAGAUGUGGGGUAUUCCGUUAGAAGCUCAAGAAACCCAGUGGUCCCAUUGUAGAGUUGUGGGGUAUUCCGUUGAAAGAUCAAGAAACCCAGUGGUCCCAUUGUGGAGUUGUGGGGUAUUCCGUUAGAAGAUCAAGAAACCCAGUGGUCCCAUUGUAGAGAUGUGGGGUAUUCCGUUAGAAGCUCAAGAAACCCAGUGGUCCCAUUGUAGAGUUGUGGGGUAUUCCGUUGAAAGAUCAAGAAACCCAGUGGUCCCAUUGUAGAGUUGUGGGGUAUUCCGAGAUCAAGGAAUCUCAGCGGUCCCAUAGAAAAGUUGGGGGAAAUCCGUUGAGGAUAAAAGAGAUCUUAGUGAUCACAAACUUUGAGGUGCCCCGUAUCAAUGUAAGGUGUCUUGUGUUAGUCUAAAUCGCAUUUAUAGGGUACUUUAAGAUCAGAUUAAUAUACAGUUAUAAUAAGAUUAUAGAGAUCUCAUUGGUAUCAUAGUACAGCCUUGAUGUGUUCCGUAUUAAAUUUUAAAAUCGUGCUUAUGGGGUCCUAUUAACUUAUUUGUGGGUUUGGAUUAUUAUAUGUAUUUAUUACCGUAGCGUUUCCUUUUAAUUUGCCAAGCAAAUAACCACAAACACUGAUACUCGUUGUUAGUUUUUAUUCGAAUUUAUGACGUCUCUAGUAAGUUUCAAAUUGAGGGAUGACAUUCUGUUCCACAAUAUAUCCAUACAAUUUAUCUAUAUGAGCUAUCUAGAUAUUACGUGAAAAGGGAAAGUUCUAUUUGACAGAAUUUCUGCUUAACGGCUUUAUUCAAACCACGAGCCUUUUGCCAACUGUAAAAUCAUCACGUUACAUGAAGGUCGUAAACGUUUCAAUCUAUUAAAUGAGCAGGCCAGUUGUUUCUAAUGUGAGAUCCCCGAUAAUUAAUGUAUAUAUGCAAGAGGGACAAUAUUUAUUUCUGCCAACAAAGCAUGAAGGAACUUGAAACUGCCAGAAAUUAUGGCAGCUGUGAAAAAAAUGAGGGAUAACGUAUUUCUAUUGAAACAUAUUUUGGAAUUUCUUUGGUCAAAGUUUAUUUUUGGAUUUAGUUCUAGUAAAUAUGAAAGUUGAAGAGAAAGAUUAUAUACACUAGUAAUUAAAUCAAGUCACAAUGUUAUUGUGGGAUGAUAUAAUUGAUAGAAAGGGCUUAAUAAUCUCUCUUGAAAUCCUGGUAAAGAAGGUAACAUGAAACAGUACAAACUGUAUAGUGGGCAAACAAAAUAAAAACAAUUAAAAUCGAAA